AUGAAUCAUACAUCGUCCAAUUUAAAUAUUGAAAAUCUUUUCACAUCAAUUUGUAAAACAAAAUUCUGGGAUCAUGAACAAUUCUGGAAUACCAAUCGACCAUCAUUGACACCUUGUUUUUUGAAUACAGCAUUAGUAUGGCCUCCGAUCGUAUUCAUAUGGAUUAAUUUACCAUAUACAAUAUAUGAUUAUCGAAAUUCUGAUCGGCCACCAAUACCAUUAAAUCGUUUCAAUGUUAUGAGAAUGUUGGUGGCCAUUCUCAUGACCAUUAUUGAAUUAGCACAUGCCAUUCAUGUGGUUGUUUAUCGAUUUUUCGAUGAUACUGUAAUCGACAACACCUAUGUUAGUACAGCACACAUAUUAUCAUUAUGGUUAACAUUUUCCGGUUAUCUUUUGCUCAUCGUUUAUUUACAUCUGCAACGUAAACAUGGUUUUGUUAAUGGUGGUGUCGUAUGGUUCUAUAUGCUUGUUACCGUUGUGUUCAAUAUUUCCACCAUACCAUUUGCAUUGAAAUAUCGACCAUUUGAACAUUGGAUUUAUCUUCCUAUCAAACUUUCAACACAAAUUAUGCUAUUGAUUUUCUGUUCAUUUAGUGAUCGUAAUCCAUUGGAAAAUGAACGAAAAAUUAUUGAAUCAAAAAUCCACCAUUGUCCACGUGAUUCAUCAUCAAUACCAUCAAGAUUAAUUUUUCGUUGGUUCAGUCCACUUGUAUCAUUAGGUUGGAGUCGUCCAUUAACUUCGGAUGAUUUAUGGGUUUCUCGUCAACAUGAUUCAUGUCAAUAUCUAAUGAAUUUAUUCUAUAAAUUUGCUAAAACAAACAAAUCGAAACAAAAUAAUGUCGAAUCGUCGUCAAAACAACAAUCAAGCAUUAAGAAUGGCCAAAUUGAUAAUUGUAUCGUUGAUGAUCGAAAUGAUGAACAAAAAGCUCAUCGUGCUUUGAAAUGUAAUCUUUGGACAAUUCUAAGUAAAAUGUUUUGGAAAUAUCUACUAUUUCCAGCUAUUGGACGUCUUUUAACCGAUCUACUUCAAUUGGCUAAUCCAAUCAUAUUGAAAUCAUUAAUUGAAUAUACAACCAGUAAUGAUACACGAUUAUGGCAUGGUAUAUUGUAUUCGAUGGGAUUUUUUCUCAUCAACAUGAUGCAAAGUUGGUCCUCCGUUUAUCAGCAGCAUCGAUUUUCUAUUUUAUCAUUACGGAUUCGUUCUACCCUGAUCGGUGCCAUCUAUCGUAAAUCACUUGUAUUAGCAACAGAUUCACGUAAAAAUUAUAGUACCGGUGAUAUUGUCAAUCUGAUGGCAAUCGAUUCACAACGUUUUAUUGAUCUUGUUCGUUUUGCAAAUUUUCUAUGGACAUCACCGAUAAUGAUUAUUAUCGGAUUUUAUUUAUUAUAUCAAGAAAUGGGCUGGUCAGCAUCAGGUGGUUUCAUAUUGAUGUUUCUGCUAAUACCAUUACAAGGUUAUAUAACACGUAAAAUAAAAGCAACACAAAUGAAACAAAUGCGAGAAAAAGAUCAAAGACUUCGAGCUAUAAAUGAAUUAUUGAAUGGUAUAAAAGUGUUAAAACUUUAUGCAUGGGAAAAAGCAUUCGUCCAGAAUUUGAAUCAAAUCCGAUCAAUUGAAUUGAAACGAAUACGUAUGGCCGGAUUAAUUACCACAAUGUUUGUUAUGGUAGCGAUUACAUCACCAUUUAUGAUUACAUUUCUUGUGUUUGCCGUCUACACAAAAUGGUAUGGAAUGAUUUUGACAUCGAAAAAAGCAUUCGUUACGAUUGCAUUGUUCAAUUUAUUACGUGUUCCAUUAUCAGCAUUGCCCAAUAUGAUGACAACAUUGGUUCUUACAAUCGUAUCAAUGAAACGAAUAAAUCGUUUUCUAAACGCUAAUGAAUUGGAAGAUUAUGUUGAACGUCGUUCAUUGAAAACGGAUGCAAUACAUAUAUCGCAGGCAUCAUUUUCUUGGGAACAACAACAGAAUAAUGAUGAUAAACAACAGCCUACAUUGGCCAAUAUUGAUGUUCGGAUUCCCAAAGGACGAUUAGUCGCAAUCGUUGGACAAGUUGGUUCCGGAAAAUCAUCAUUUUUAAAUGCAAUACUUGGUGAAAUGCAUAAACAAAAUGGUUCAUUAGCUAUUGAUAAAGAUCUACGUAUUGCCUACGUUUCACAACAAGCAUGGAUUCAAAAUCUUACAGCAAGAGAAAAUAUUCUAUUCGGUCAGCCAUUUGAACAAGAUCGAUAUGACAGUGUAAUAAAAGCAUGUGCAUUGAAAACUGAUUUCGAAAUGCUUGGACAAGGUGAUCAAACUGAAAUCGGUGAAAAAGGUAUUAAUCUUUCUGGUGGUCAAAAACAACGUAUUAGUAUUGCACGUGCUUGUUAUUCUGAUGCCGAUAUCUUUCUAUUUGAUGAUCCACUUUCAGCUGUUGAUAGCCAUGUUGGAAAACAUAUAUUUGAAUCGGUAAUUAGUUCAAAUCAAGGUUUAUUGCGUGAAAAAACACGUAUUUUAGUCACAAAUGCAUUGUAUGUUUUACCAUUGGUUGAUGAAGUAAUUUUAUUGAAAAACGGUACAAUAGUUGCCACUGGAAGUUGUCAACGAUUAUCUAAAGAAAAUGAAGCAUUUAAAGAAUUAAUGGAGAAUUAUCAUCCAUCGCAUGCACAUGAACAUCAACAUCAACAUCACAAUACUGUUAAGCGACAACAUUCAAAAAUUGAUGAUCAUCAUCAUCAUCACCAACAACGUCCAAAAGUAUUACAUCGACAAUUUACAACCGAAUCAUUACUGUCGGAUACGGCAUCCAUUUCAUCAAUUAGUACCAUAGAAUCAUUAGAAGAAGAGGAAGAAGACCAGAAAAAAAUCAAUGAUAAUGGAAAAUUAAUUGAAUCCGAAUCAAUGGAAACUGGUCAUAUUAAUUGGUCAGUGUAUAAAAAAUUUCUGAAUUCAUUGACAAAAAAAUGGGCCAUUCUCAUACUGUUUGGUUACGCAUCAUAUAUCACAUCAAAUGGUGGUGCAAAUUUUUGGCUCUCAUUCUGGACUGAUCGUGUAGAUCGUGAACAUCAUGAUCACGGUUAUGAACUGUGGAUUUAUUUUGGCAUCGGUAUUCUACAAUUGGUAUUCAUAUCGAUUGGUUGGUGUUCAAUUGUAAUGGGUUGUCUACGUGCUUCACGUACAUUACAUGAACGUCUAUUAUCAAGUAUUGUACAUGCACCAAUGUAUUUUUUUGAUACAACACCAUUAGGACGUAUUAUGAAUCGAUUUAGUCGUGAUAUUGAUCAAUUGGAUAACACGAUGGCCAUGUAUAUAAGAAUGUACAUGAUUCAUACAAUGAAUGUUACCGCCACAUUAUUUAUCGUAUCGUUUCAAACACCAAUAUUUUUGGCGUUUGUUGUUCCAUUUAUGAUCAUCUAUGUUCUUGUACAACGUUUUUAUGUUUGUACUAGCCGUCAAUUGAAACGCAUUGAAUCAGUAUCACGUUCACCAAUAUUUACACAUUUCUCCGAAACAUUAAAUGGUGUAUCAACGAUCAAGGCAUAUAAUGCUGAUGAACGUUUCAUUAAUGAAUCAAAUCAACGUGUUGAUCGAAAUUUUCAAUGUUUUUAUCCAUGUAAAGUUGCUGAUUGUUGGCUAUUGAUUCGUUUGGAAUUCAUGGCGAAUUUAUUGAUUUUUUUCGCAUCAUCCAUUGGAAUAUUGAUGAAACUGAUAAAUAGUGAUGGAAAUGGCCUAAGUGGUAGCGAAAUUGGUCUUUCAUUAUCAUAUGCAUUGAAUAUAACAAUGUCAUUGAAUCAAGCGGUAAGAAUAUCGGCUGAAGUUGAAAACAAUGUCGUCUCGGUUGAACGUAUUGAUGAAUAUAUCAAUGUUCAACCUGAAGCCGAUUGGCAUAAAGAUGAUGAUGAUCGUUUGAACGAAAAUUGGCCAUCCAAUGGAUCAAUACAAAUGGAUGAUUAUGCUACUCGUUAUCGUCCAGGUUUAGAUCUUGUACUUAAAGGUAUUAAUCUACAGAUUAAACCAGGUGAAAAAAUAGGUAUCGUUGGUCGUACUGGUGCUGGAAAAUCAUCAUUAACACUGGGAUUAUUUCGAUUGAUUGAAGCCGCCCAAGGUAGAAUUAUGCUUGAUAAUGUGGAUAUCUCUAAACUUGGAUUACACAAAUUACGUUCACGUCUAACAAUCAUACCACAAGAUCCGGUACUAUUCAUGGGUACUAUUCGUUUCAAUUUGGAUCCAUUCAAUCAAUAUAGUGAUCAAGAAUUAUGGACGUGUUUGGAAUUAUCACAUCUAAAAUCAUUUGUUUCAUCAUUAGAACGAGGUCUUGAUCAUCAAGUUAGUGAAGCUGGUGAUAAUCUUUCCGUUGGUCAACGGCAAUUAUUUUGUUUGACCCGUGCAUUGUUACGUCGUACAAACGUACUGAUAUUGGAUGAAGCAACAGCGGCCGUUGAUUUUGAAACUGAUUCAUUAAUACAGACAACAAUCAGGAAAGAAUUUUCCAAAUGUACAAUAUUAACAAUUGCACAUCGUCUAAAUACAAUCAUGGAUUCAAAUCGUGUAUUAGUAUUGGAUGCCGGUAAUAUUGCUGAAUUUGAUACGCCAAAAUCAUUAUUAUCGAAUCGUUCAUCAAUAUUUUCAUCAUUAGCUAAAGAUGCUGGCAUUACACAUUAUUCGUUUGAUAGUAAAAAAUAUUAAUACGUACCGUU